CAUUAGAAAAAGUAAUAUAAUAUGGGAUUAAUGUAGGAUAGAUCGGAUUGGAAAGAGCAGUAUAGUUUUAACUUUCAAACUGUUGUAUGUCUUUCGUGUCCCUUUUUAUUAUAUGACAACUCGCUGUUUCGAGCAGUGAUUUAUCUUAUUUAUAAUGUUACGUUUGAUAUGGGUGUUUGGUUUGUUUGCUUUGCUCGAUGCCCAACGACACUCGGAGGAAUUAUUGAAGGAUUUUAUUGAAAACGAAUACGAGGCUGAAUACACGAAGCUCACUCAUGACACUAUGAUGAGCUUGUACGAUUACUUCACAAACUCAUCUUUAGAUCGAUGGAACUAUUACUUGAAUGAAAACUCAAAGAAAAUGCAGUUCGAGUAUGAAGCCUAUCAAGAGUGGUUUAAAGAUUGGAAGCUCGAGGAUAUUAAAGAUCCAUUACUUCGACGAAAGGUCAUGUUUGCGAAAGAUAUAAAUGAGGCUAUUCUGGGAACGGAAACAUCAGAGUAUACGGUGAUAAUAGAGCAAAUGCGAAAGUUGUCGGACAUAUCAUUGUGUCCGAUAUUUAAUCAAACAUGCAAGGAGGGCAGCGAAGAGGUGAUGGAUAUUAGUAAAAUGAAUAAGCAGCAGAUCAGUGAAAACGUGAGACUAUACGCAUUUCUGGCGCAGAGGCAACAGAAUACUAAGGAGCGAAGACAUCUGUGGAGCCGCUAUUUGGAUCUCUCGAAUAAAAUUGCUAAGCUGCUUGGAUUCAAGAAUAAAAUGGAGCAGUGGACUUACGUGUACGAGAUGGAAAAUUUCGAAGCUUCCAUUGAGAAGCUGUGGACUGAUAGUCACCCGUUAUUAAUGAAAUUACACAAGUAUCUGUUCAAUGAUUGCCGUAAAAUGUUUGGAAAAAAGUCCUUCGGUGACGACUAUCUCAUCCCGUAUUUUCAUUUAGAUGAUUACCUGUCUUUCGCAGAUGUACCCUAUCCGGACAUAAGACCAUUGCAGAUCUCUGCUAUAAUUCUUUACAACAAUUACACUCUGCAUGACAUUGGCAGAUUGGUGAAUGACUUUUACUUAUCAUUAGGACUGGAGGACGUAACGGUAAGCAUGCAAAAUGAUUCUGUGUUAACUGAAUAUCCGCCGACAAAUAUGAAUUGUCAAGCUUCGUCGUGGGACAUGUUUGAUAAGAAAACUUAUAGAUUAAUGUUCUGCGGCACGCCAAACUACUACAGUUACAUUCAAUUGCACCACGAGCUCGGCCACAUUCAGUAUGACAUUUUAUACAAGGAGCAGCCGUCGGUGUUCCGUAUGGGAACUACUUUUGCAUUCCACGAAGCAAUCGGAGAAACAUUCUUGUUAUCAACAUACUCCCAAAGAUACUUCUUGGACAGAGGACUGAUCGACAAAGAAUUUCACAGCAAGGAGUCGCUUGUAAAUAAGAUGAUGUUCAUGGCUAAACAAAGGUUGCUCUUCCUACCUCACGGUUACUUAGUCGACAAGUGGCGCUGGGAUGUUUUUACUGGUAAAACGACUGAAGAAAAUUGGAACAAAAGUUGGUGGGAUCUCAGAAGGGAGAUUCAAAUGGUGAAAGCACCCGUGAACAUAACUGAGGAACAUCUGGAUCCACUGUUCAACUUCCACAUCGCGUACGAUCAGCAAUACGUUAACUAUUUUCUGGCCACCUACCUGCAAUUUCAGUUGCAUCGUGGUUUCUGUCAGAUUGCAGGUGAAUACGAUCCGAAGAACAAGAGCUCUAAACCGCUCCACGACUGUAACUAUUACGGAAACAAGGAAGUCGGUGCUAGAAUUAGGCAAGGAUUGAGUUACGGUCGUAGCAAACCUUGGUACGAGGUGUUGGAUGCGUUGAUUGGUGAACGAGAGCUGAAGGCGGACGCCAUGAUCGAAUAUUUUGAGCCUCUAGCUGAAUUCUUAGAUGAACAGAACGCCGUAUCCCACAUUAAUCAAUCUGUUUAUUUGUUCUUUUACCUCGUCUGUCUUCAUUUACUUUUAUUCUGAACAACGAUUAAUUUCUAUUACUGUUAACAUUUUCGUAAACCAACAAAAAUCACUAUAACUUUCUAAUAUU